UUUCUGUUAUCUAAAUAGAGAUCCGAGAGGAAAUUUUGGGACUUCUUGCUUUUCAUAAUUAAAAGAGAGAGAGAAGAAAAAAAGCAUUCAGGAACCAUUUCAUCUGCCGGUUUGUUGCUGCCUUCUUUUGCAAGAUGAAGAAGUUUUUUGACUCCCGCCGAGAGCAAGGAGGCUCUGGCCCGGGGUCUGGCUCCAGCGGAGGAGGGGGGAGCACCUCGGGCCCAGGGAGUGGGCACAUCGGUCGCGUCUUUGGCAUUGGGAGACAUCAGGUCACAGUGGAUGAGGUAUUGGCUGAAGGGGGAUUUGCCAUUGUCUUCCUGGUGAGGACAAGCAAUGGGAUGAAAUGUGCCCUCAAACGCAUGUUUGUCAACAAUGAACAUGACCUCCAAGUGUGCAAGAGAGAAAUUCAGAUUAUGAGGGACCUGUCGGGACACAAGAACAUUGUUGGAUACAUUGAUUCUAGUAUCAAUAAUGUGAGUAGCGGCGACGUGUGGGAAGUUCUAAUUCUCAUGGAUUUUUGCCGAGGAGGUCAAGUGGUGAACUUGAUGAACCAGCGUUUACAGACAGGCUUCACAGAGAAUGAAGUGCUACAGAUAUUCUGUGACACGUGUGAAGCUGUUGCCCGCUUACAUCAAUGCAAAACACCCAUUAUCCACCGGGAUCUGAAGGUGGAAAACAUCCUGCUGCAUGACCGAGGUCAUUAUGUCCUGUGCGACUUUGGGAGCGCCACCAACAGAUUCCAGAACCCCCAAGCCGAGGGCGUCAACGCCGUAGAGGACGAGAUUAAGAAGUACACGACGCUUUCCUACCGAGCUCCAGAAAUGGUCAACCUGUACAGUGGCAAAAUCAUCACUACAAAGGCCGACAUUUGGGCCCUCGGUUGUUUGUUAUAUAAAUUAUGCUACUUCACAUUACCAUUUGGGGAGAGUCAGGUAGCCAUUUGUGAUGGAAACUUCACGAUUCCUGAUAAUUCACGAUAUUCCCAAGACAUGCAUUGCCUCAUACGGUAUAUGUUGGAGCCAGACCCUGACAAGAGGCCAGAUAUCUAUCAGAUCUCGUACUUCUCAUUUAAGCUCGCCAAGAGAGAGUGUCCCAUUCAGAACGUUCAGAACUCUCCCAUCCCUGCUAAGCUUCCAGAACCAGUGAAAGCCAGUGAGGCAGCUGCUAAAAAAACCCAGCCAAAGGCCAGGCUGACGGACCCUAUCCCCACCACAGAGACAUCCAUUGCACCCCGCCAGCGACCAAAAGCUGGACAGACCCAACCGAACCCAGGAAUUCUCCCUAUACAGCCAGCCCUGACACCUCGAAAGAGGCCUACAGUCCAGCCCCCAGUUCAACCUACAGCAUCCACAAAUGUACCCAGCGUUCAGGCUACCAAUGUUCCUCAACCAAAACCCCAGCCUCCCUCCGGUCAGCCCCUCCCCCAGGCUCCACCCAAGCAGCCACAAGCUCCGCCCACUCCGCAGCAGACACCUGCCACUCAGGCCCAGGCCACACCCCAGCACCAGCAGCAUCUCUUCCUCAAGCAGCAGCAGCAGCAGCAGCAACAACAACAACAGCAGCAACAGCAGCCGCCGCCACAGCCACAACAGCCACAACAGCAGCAGCAGCAGCAGCAGCCACAGCAGCCACAGCAGCCACCACAGCAACAGGCCACGUUUUACCAGCAGCAGCCGCAGCCGACACAGCAGCAGCCGACGCUGGCCCCGGCGCAGCAGGUAAGAGGCGCGCAGUGCCUAUGUAGUAGCCGCUUGGCCCUGGACAUCGACCAUCUGGGCCUCAUUAUUAGGAGUACCCAGAGCGGUCCUGGAGCUGUUAAUUGCCGGCUUUUUGGGAGGCGGGCUCCGGCCCAGAGGCAGCAGUUCCAGGUGAUGCAUCAGGGAGCCCAGCAACCAGCUAUUGCUCAGUUGCCUGGGCCACCCCAAGGAGCCUCCCAGCAGCAGUUGAUGCAGAACUUCUACCAGCAGCAGCAGCAGCUGCUAAAGGCUCAGCAGAAGACAUCUGUGGCAGCAGGACAGUCGAAGCAACAGGCUCCUUCCCAUCCCCAGCCACAGGUGCAACUGGCUGCUGCCCAGCAGCCACCCCCUGCCCAGGAGCCGGUGAAGCAAGCACCAAUAAGACAACAAGUAAAGGCUCAGACUACCCCACCCCCUGCCAUUCAGGGGCAAAAGCUUGGAUCUCUCACUCCUCCAUCAUCCCCCAAAGCCCAGCGGGCUGGACACAGGAGAAUCCUCAGUGAUGUAACCCAUAGCGCUGUCUUUGGGGUCCCUGCCAGCCAGUCGACUCAGUUGCUCCAGGCGGCUGCAGCUGAAGCAAGCCUCAAUAAGUCCAAGUCUGCAUCCACCACUCCAUCAGGUUCUCCCCGGACCUCUCAACAAAACGUUUACAACCCUUCUGAAGGCUCGACUUGGAAUCCCUUUGAUGAUGAUAAUUUCUCCAAACUCACAGCUGAGGAGCUACUGAACAAGGACUUUGCAAAACUUGGUGAUGGUAAAUCUGAAAAACUUGGUGGUUCAGCAGAGAGUUUGAUUCCAGGCUUUCAACCAGGUCCAGCCUCUACUCAAGCAGAUGCUUUUGGCUCCUCCUCCUUUUCUACUGGGACCGCUGAAACAACGAAAGCUGUGCUUGGUCUGGAUGCGAGUCCUCCUCUUCUGAGUGUGUCUGACCCUUUCAUCCCUCUCUCAGCACCUGAUGCUCCAGAAAAGCUUAUCGAGGGGCUCAAAUCUCCCAGUACUUCACUUCUCCUUCCUGACCUCUUGCCUCUGGCAGAUCCCUUUGGUAGCACUUCAGAUGCUGUGAAUGGAAAAGUUGAUGUUGCUGUUGAAAGUCUCAUACCAGGACUGGAGCCCCCAAUGCCCCAGCGCCUCUCAUCUCAGACUGACUCUGUCAUAUCCAACCGAACAGAUUCUCUCCCUGGGGAAGAUUCCCUUCUUGAUUCCUCUCUGCUUUCUAACCCAGCUACUGACCUUCUAGAUGAGUUCACUCCCAUGGCAAUUUCUGCUCCAGCUCAUAAAGCUGCAGAAGAUAGUAAUCUCAUCUCAGGUUUUGAUGUUCCUGAGGGCCCCGAAAAGGUGGCAGAAGAUGAGUUUGACCCCAUUCCCGUGUUGAUAUCCAAAAACUCACAAGGUGGGCACUCUAGAAACAGCAGUGGGAGCUCUGAGUCCAGUCUUCCCAACCUAGCCAGGUCUUUGCUGCUGGUGGAUCAGCUUAUAGACCUGUAG